GUGCGUUUGGGGUGUUUUUCUGGAAUUCUGAUAACCAUCAUGAGAUUUGCGUACAAGUGAACAUUCAGUGGUAAUAAAACACUAAACAGUAGUAAUACUAUAGUGUUUUGUCACAUGUGGUGAAUGAUUUCUUUGGCUUUUCCUUCCCAUCCAUUCUCGUGGUGAUGGUACAGUAACAACAGUCACGCUUCGACCUAAUUGCAUAACCUACAGGCAACGAUACUCUGCACAGGCUUGCCACACUUCGAAACAGUCACAUUGUGAAUCGGAACGGCGGAACAAAUUUGACGAAGGUUGAUGGAAGAAACGGAAAGGUUCAUGUAACACAAUGUGCCUCACAGCUCUGUUUAUUAACCCUCACCCUGUGAGUGGGGAAUAUAAACUCAUACUCGUGUUCAACAGAGAUGAGUUUUACGCACGACCGACCAAAGAAGCCGAGUUCUGGCAAAGGAACCCUAAUAUCAUAAGUGGUCAAGAUAUGUUUGUGGGUAAAGAAGGCGGAACUUGGCUUGGGGUUAGUCGAAUGGGACGCUUUGCUAUGCUGCUUAACAUCUUACAGCCUGGCGGACUCAACCCAGAUGCCAAAGGCAGAGGCUCUCUGGUUUCAGAUUUCAUUCAAGGUAGCAUGGAUGGCCAGACAUAUCUGAAAGAUGUUGCCAAGGAAAGUGCUUUGUACAAUGGUUUCAAUCUUAUAACAAUGGAAUUCAGGAAAGAUGGAGAAGUCAACACAAAUUACUUCACAAACAGAGCUUCCGAACUACCAGAACCAGUUAAAAUUGAACCAGGUGUUCAAGUGUUUUCAAACCACCCAGUGACUGAGUCGUGGCCAAAGACGGACUAUGUCCGAUCAGAGUUUGAGAAAAUAGUAAAGAGAGUACCCGGCCUUAACAAAGAUAAUCUCAUCAAAGAACUUAUCGCAAUGAUGUCUCUCGACAAACCAUUGAUAACGGAUGUGGAUAUUUCCAAUGAAAUGCUGGACGUCCAGAAGAGAAAAGUUCUCAAAGAGCUAGUCUUCAUCAAGUCCAGCAAUUAUGGAACAAGAACCACCACUGUAAUCCUCAUUGAUGCAGAAGGAACUAUCAGUUUUACAGAGAGAACAUUGAAGGAGCCCAUAGACUCCAAGAAUCCUGAGUGGCAACAGAAAACCCACGCUGCUUCCAUGCUGUAGGAACCCAUCGACACCCA